GAAAAAACAGGCGGAAGCAGAAAUUAGCGAAGAAGAACAGACAUCGUAGCAGGAAUUCAGCGUGAUAAAAGUUCUGGUUUGAGGAUAAACUUCCACUUUUAAGGGGCUGGAAUCGAUAAAGAUAGAGCUGUGGACAGCAGGACGCGUGUGCACCCACACGCGUGGUCCAGGCUGUGGUCCAGGCUGUGGUCCAGGCUGUUGUCCAGGUGGUUGUCCGGGUCGUCGUCCAGGGGCACAUGUGUGUGAUGGGGCCCAGGAGGAAGUCUACAAAGCUGCAGGGUUCUGGGGGAGGCGGUGGAGGACCGCCGGUCCCCAGACCCCCAGAACCCAAAGACUACAUCAACGAGCUGUCCCACGAAGUCCUCUGUCACAUAUUCAGGUAUCUGACCAUGAAGGACAUCAUGUGUAUGGAAUGUCUGUCCAGGAAGCUGAGAGAAGCUGUGUCUCUGUACCUGCGGGUCAUCAAGGUGGUGGAUCUUUGCGCUGGACGCUGGUGGGAGUACAUGCCUUCAGGUUUCACAGACAGCAGCUUUCUGAUUCUCCUGAAGAAGAUGCCUGAUCUGGAGCAGUUGUACGGCCUCCACCCUCGCUACCUUGAGAGGAGGCGGGUCCGAGGCUACGAGGCCUUCAGCAUCCCUGGAGUAGUGGAGGCCCUGCAGGCCUGUCCCAGCCUGCUGGGUGUUGAGACGUCCCAUCUGGAGUUGGUGGAAGCCAUCUGGAACUACAUGCCCCAGGUCCACAUCCUGGGAAAGUUCCGCAAUCGUAACGGGGCUUUUCCCAUUCCUGCCGAGAACAAGCUCACCAUCCCCUUAACGGCGAAGAUCCAGACCUUACACCUCGUAGGUGUGAACGUCCCUGAGAUCCCGUGUGUGUCCAUGCUGCGCCACCUGUACAUGAAGUGGGUCCGUUUCACCAAGCCACAGCCGUUUAAGGACUUCCUGUGCGUCAGCCUGAGAACCUUCGUCAUGAGGAACUGUGCGGGGCCCACCAACUCCCUCAAAUAUGUCCCCCUGGUCACUGGCCUGGCGUCAGCCCGGAACCUGGAGCAGCUGGAGCUGGUGAGAGUGCCUUUCCUGGGAGGGCUGAUCCAGCAUGUGGUGGAGGACAGCUGGAGGUCAGGAGGUUUCCGGAACCUGCACACCAUUGUGUUUGGAGCUUGUAAGAAUGCUCUGGAGGUGGACCUGGGAUACCUGAUCAUCACGGCUGCUCGCAGGCUCCAUGAGCUCAGGAUCCAGCCUUCGCUCACUAAAGACGGAGUCUUCUCAGCUCUGAAGAUGGCUGAGCUGGAGUUUCCUCAGUUUGAGACUCUUCACCUGGGAUAUGUGGAUGAGUUUCUUCUGCAGUGUAAGAUGAGUAACUCUGAGCUGGUGAAGUUAGGUCUGGCUGACGUGGUAGAAAACCCUGGAAUCAUCACGGACAUCGGCAUCAAGGUGGUCAACGAGGUGUUCACCAACAUCAAGUACCUGCACAUCUACAACUGUCCUCACCUGCACAGCCCCCACUACUGGAUCACAGAGCAGUCCAGGUGGAGCCGGCUCGUGGACCUCACUCUAGUUCGCUGUCACGCCAUCAAGCUGGAGUCUUUCUCCCACUUCAUCGAGCUGCUGCCUUCUCUGGAGUUCAUCUGUCUGGACCAGAUGUUCAGAGAACCUCCAAAGGGUUGUGCCCGGGUGGGUCUAAGUGCAGGAACUGGUAUCGGUGUGUCCUCAGCACUGGUCAGCAACCAGAACUCCAACGACAACAACAACCACCACCCUAACGAGGCCAACAUCCACCCUGUCCCCCCGGUUCCACCUGCUGCUGCCCCUGCUCCGCCUGCUGCCCCUCUUCCCCCCGCGCCGCCUCUUCCCCCGGCUCCCCCUGCUGGACCUGCUCCUCCUGCUGCACCGGUUCUACUGGCUCCACCGCCUCCACCUGCUGCUCCUUUUCCACCGGUGCCACCGUUCGCGCCUGCUCCACCUGCUCUACCUGUUCCAGCGGCUCCACCUGCUGCAUCUGCUCCGUCUGUCAACAUGGGCAACAGCUGCAGGCCGCAGCCGUACCAGCAGCACCAGCAGCGUAACGAAACUGUGGACCUCAGUGGGAUGGAGGAUAAGGAGAAAGAGCAGGCCUCCUCCUCCGAGCCUCGUAUGGAUCUGAAUGAAGGGGUGGAGGUUUGUGGAGCUGCCGCGGCCGGGCCCAGUUGCCUGGGGGGAACACCACGACCUCCUGACGAUGAACGAGCAGGGCCCAGCGGUUUGAGGCAGCAGUCCCGAGCAGCCGCUCCUCUCAAACCAGCGCUGGUGGUGUCGGACUCUGACAGCGAGGAAGACGAGGGGCUGGUCUCAAGGCUGUUGCCACCUUCCUGUUUGCAGCAGACAACAUCCUGUACAAAAGGUAAAGGGAAGUGUCCUCUACGACGAUCCAACAAAGCGGCAUCUCCGUGCGUGGUCUCGGACCAGCUGAAGGCUCCGGCGCCGCAGCGCACCUGUGAGAAGAGCUGCCAGGUGAGCAGCGAGCAGAUCAAGGCUGACAUGAAGGCCGCGGCUGAGAACAGGACUGAAAACACAGCAGAGCCAGAACCGGGGCUGGAGGGCAGCACGGGAACCUCCAGGACCAGAACCAGGCCGGCUGCCGGCUCCGUGAGCAGCAUCACCCCGGCCCAGAAGGAGGGAAACCCCUCCAGGAGCAGCAGGACUGGGGACAGGUGGAGCGGGGGGGCCAUGGGCCGACAGAUAGAGGGAGGACUGGAGGCUCCCUGUGGUUCUGCUGUGCCCCUGCUGAGGGAGGAACACCCAGAACCCCCGUCUGGACCCGGCUCUGGGAGCAGAUUAGCUUCACACAGUCCCAGCGGCCAGGGCUUCGUUCCACGACGGCCCCUGACCCGGUCCUGCACUCGGUUCUCAUCAGUUCCCCUGCUACCAGAGACAGAUCUUUCCAGAACCAGACCUCCCGUCACCGUCAAGAGGAAACGAAUGAGUGACAAGUCGACCAGCACGUCAGACCCGGUCACGGAGGACGACCACGUGCAGGUUCUGGUUCUGAAGAGUAAAAACCUGGUGGGCAUCACUCUGACCAACUGUGGGAUCACUGACCUGGUUCUCAAGGACUGUCCCAAGAUGAUGUUCAUUCACGCGACCCGGUGUCGGGUCCUGAAGCACCAGCAGAUCGAUAAGGCCCCCAUCGUGAACAGAUUCGACUACGCUCAGUGUAAGAAGCUGGACAUGGAGCAGGUCCUGGACCAGAUUCUGAGGAUGCCUCCUGAGAGGAACCGCAUCAUCUACAUGAGGCCCAUGCACCAGAUCGACUCGGUGGCGUUGGAGCGCCAGCUCUUCCAGGGACCGUACCCGUAUCACAUCGCCAUCGUGCACGAGUUCAGCAACCCUCCAAAUAUACGCAACAAGGUUCGCAUUCGCAGCUGGAUGGACACGGUGGCCAACAUCAGCCAGGAGCUGAUCAAGUACGAGUUCUUCCCAGAAGCCACGAGGACAGAGGAGGAUUUAAAGAAGUAUCCCAGCUACCCCUGGGGGCGGGACAUCUACACGCUGGAGGGGGUGGUGGACGGCGCCCCCUACAGCAUGGUGACGGACUUCCCCUGGCUCAGGACGCUGAGAGCAGCCGAGCCCAACAGCUACGCCCGCUGUGACUUUGAGGACGAUGAGAGCACCACCAUCUACGCCCCCCGCCGGAAGGGCCAGCUGUCUGCAGACAUCUGCAUGGAGACCAUCGGGGAGGAGAUCUCCGAGUACCGGCAGAGCAAACGAGGAGUGUUCCAGAGAGUGGCCGUCCUCUUCCUGCACCACUGUGACACGCCGGGGGAGCCGGUGGACGACGACUACAUCUGACCCCGUCCAGCAUCAGGACACGCUUGGUCAGCUCGCUCAAACAGGGACGUUGAACCUCCAGAACUCACUCUGGCCCCAACAGAACUCCUCCCAACCCCAACAGAACCUCCAACAGGAUCCUGGAACGCUGCAGUGAUGUCCAGGAGCAGAGCUGCUUUCUCCUUCUCAAUCCUCUCAGGAGAUUCCUGGUCCAUGUGUGGGCGACGGCCGGCAUGGACAGAGCUGGAGAGACUUGUGUGGACGGUUCAACGAUGAAGGUCCAGCUUCCUCAACAUUCCUGACUGAGUCUGAAGAGGAUCUGCUGCAGGAACACGGACCUGGGGGGAAGUGUGAACUUUUUCACAGUAGAUUUUGGCUGUGAUACAGCUGUGAUGUGUGUGUGUGUGUGUGUGUGUGUGUGUGUGUGUGUGUGUGUGUGUGUGUGUGUGUGUGUGUGUGUGUGUGUGUGUGUGUGUGUGUGUGUGUGUGUGUGUGUGUGUGUGUGUGUGUGUGUGUGUGUGUGUGUGUGUGUGUGCAGUUGUACAGAGGUUACAGAUGUUUCCAGGUGUUUAUGUGAAAGAAGGAAGCUGUUUCACAACCUGAAAGUAAAAUGAUGAAAAAAUAAACUUGCGUUUUCUCCCUGGAUUCAAAUAAGCCGCGAAGUUAGUUAGUUUAAGAGCUCAGCGCUCAAGCUGAGGCUUCGUUUGAAUUAUCACACCAUAGUUGGGGGUGAAAUCAUUAGACGGCUGAAUCUGAGAAAAAUAAAGAUUUG